GGAAAAGAGGGGGCGCAGCGCAGCACACCACUCGCGCAAUCACAACAAGUCCGAGCCGGAGGCGAGGAAGGGAAGGGGAGAAGCCACCGCCGCCGUCAUGUCGGGGGGAAUCGCGCGCGGCCGCCUCGCCGAGGAGCGCAAGGCGUGGCGCAAGAACCACCCGCACGGGUUCGUCGCGAAGCCGGAGACGCUGCCCGACGGGACGGUGAACCUGAUGGUCUGGCACUGCACUAUCCCCGGCAAGCAAGCGACUGAUUGGGAAGGUGGAUACUACCCUCUUACCCUUCAUUUUAGUGAGGAUUACCCUAGCAAACCUCCCAAGUGCAAGUUCCCACAGGGUUUCUUCCACCCAAAUGUCUAUCCUUCAGGAACAGUCUGCCUUUCGAUUCUUAAUGAGGACAGCGGUUGGAGACCAGCUAUUACUGUCAAGCAAAUUCUCGUUGGGAUUCAGGAUCUGCUUGAUCAGCCAAAUCCUGCUGACCCUGCUCAGACUGAUGGCUAUCAUCUUUUUAUCCAGGAUCCAACAGAGUAUAAGAGGCGUGUUAGGCUGCAGGCUAAGCAGUAUCCUGCGUUGGUCUGAAAAUGUUGGCCGUUUAGGGAUCCAUGCUGCACAUCCGCAUAGUUGUUGCUAGUAUCUUGAAUGAAAAGACCAAAUGUAACCUGGGGAAAGGAUGCUUUGAGAAGUACCUAUCGUCAUUGUGGACCAGUUGUGUCUGUAAACGGGUUUCUUAACCGUUUGAGUGUGUGUUUUCUGGGAGAAUGUCAAAAACUUUGCUUUGUUUGAGUGCGUGUAGUUUGACAAAUUUGAAUGUGGAGAAAACAUAUCAGUUUGCCCGAA